AUGACAUCAACAGUGGGAGAAGAAACUGAUGAGAGCUACUACCCAUCUGAGGAUAGCUUCCUUGAAGGAGACACCACUACACCUGAAUGUCCAGUGGAACAGCGAAAAUUCAUUGUCUUUGAAGCUCCACUACUGGAAUUGUUCAAAGCAUGUCGCAGUUGCAGUGGGUCAUGCAAGGUUACCACAUCAGUUCGGGGCACACUUCUCACUGUUGUGUCCGAAUGUGCAAGCGGCCACAAAUUCUCUUGGAACAGUCAACCAGAACUGAACAGGAUGGCUGCAGGAAACGUUCUGCUCUCCGGUCCAAUACUGUUCAACGGAGCCAGUCCCACCAAGGUUCUUCGACUGCUGAGCUCCAUCAACAUACAAAUGAUUUCAAAGGUUGCAUACGACACAUAUCAGAAAGGUUGCCUACUGCCUGCUGUAUCACAGGUUUGGAAUGCAGAACACAACCACCUGCUCCUUUCACUUCAAGACAAGCCUGUUGACCUCCUUGGAGAUGGCAGAUGUGAUUCUCCUGGUCACUGUGCCAAGUACAUGACAUACACUUUUAUGGAAGCCCAUUCAAAGAAAAUCGUCAGCUCCGUUCAAGUACAGGUUGGUGAGUCUCCAGAUGUUGCUUCCAGCACAAACAUGGAAAAGGUGGGAUUUGUGAGAUGCCUGGACGAACUGAAAUCAAAUCACAUCAUCGUGGCAUCCAUUACGACUGAUCGACAUCCUGCAGUGAGAAAGCACAUGCGUGAAAUGGAACCCAGCAUAGUGCAUGGAUUUGAUACCUGGCAUGUGGUGAAAGGCUUGAAGAAGAAAUUGGACACAGCAGCCAAAACCAGUACAGGUGCUCCUUUAAAACCAUGGGUGCAGCAUAUUUGCAACCAUCUCUACUGGUGCAAUUCCACAGCUGAGGGGAAUUCAGAACUGCUACUGAGCAUGUGGAAAAGCAUGACACGCCACAUUACAAAUGUCCAUACCGGUCACGAAGGUCCAUACCAUCGCUGCUUACAUGACACAGUUGGAGAAAGGCCGUGGCUGCAGCCUGGUACCGUAGCUUAUGCAAGACUUCUGAAGAUUGUACUGAACCCAAGGCUACUGAAGGAUGUUCAACAACUAUCAAGAGUGGGUCAGACAUCAGGGCUCGAGUCAUACCACUCCGUCAUACUGAAGUUCGCUCCUAAGUCCACAGCAUACACACCGAAAGUUAUGCGUGCUAGGACACAAAUAGCUGCCCUGCACUUCAAUGAAAAUGCUGACCGGGAGUAUGCUUAUGGAAAGGAUGGACAACAGAUGUUCAGGAGGAAGCUCCUAAAACAAAAUUAUGUGGCAAAUCUUCUAAAGGGGGCUGUGACAGUGUGUGAAAGCACAACGUACAGUGCCAUGGUAGCAGCCCACCAUAGUCCCGAGCCUGCGCCAAUGACUGCAGCUUACCCACGUGAAUCGAAAGAGGUCCUGAUUGCGAGAAGGAUGCUUCGCUUUCCAACAGAGUGA